AUGACAAGUACUAAAGAGGAGAGUGGUCCGAGCAUGGCUGAAAAGAAACACAAGAGAGUCCACAGAAGAAAAUGGGAAAAAUGGGUGUCUGAGAUAAGUGUUCCAGGCUCACAAGAGCAGCCCUGGUUAGGCUCCUAUGCUACAACGUCGCUUUCUAUCGUUUACGUCGUCCGCUGUCUUUGUCCGGCCUUAACUUCACCGAAUUCUAGUUGUGUGAAUAACGUGAAUAUCUUGUCGCCGAAGUCGGCGCAAGAAGCUACAUUCGUUGCUGGAAUGGGGAUGGAUGAACAAAUGAUAGGGAGUACAUCAGGAAAAGAUGAAAGGGAGGUUGGUGAAAGCAGCGUAAUUCAGAGCUUAAAAACUCUGUUUCGGGGGGAACGUUAA